UACUCUUGUUACCCAUGCUAAACUUCUUAAGAGAAUGGAUGGAUGUUCAAGUGUUAGCUUGUCCAGCAGCAUUCACUUCUGCUGCGUUCGGGAUUCCCUCAGUUCCCUCACUGCCUAUUGAUUGAUACAGUCAAGAGAAAUGGAGUUGGGAGAAGUAUGGGGUGCUCUCCUUCUGGCAUUAUCAGCGUCAAGGUAGAAGAACUGCCCAAGAAGUGGAGGAACAGAGCUUAGCCAUCUGGAUUUAAGAAGCUGAAAACCAUGUCUCUUCCCCGACAGCUGCGAGAAAAGAGUGAUUUUGACCAGCUUCCGGAUGAUGUACCAGUUUCAGCUAACAUUGCAGAUAUUGAAGAGAAGAAAGGCUUUACUAAUUAUUAUCUGUUUGUCAUUGAAGUAAAGCUUAAAGGUGGUGGCAGAUACCUGAUUUUCCGACGCUAUCGUCAGUUCUACGCCCUGCACACGAAACUAGAGGAGAGAUACGGAGCAGAGAGCAACAAUAGCCCUUUUACCUGCACACUCCCCACAUUGCCAGGAAAAGUUUAUGUCGGGGCCAAAAAGGAAAUUGCUGAGAACAGGAUUCCUAUCCUAAAUGUCUACAUGAAGAACCUCCUCUGCCUACCCGUUUGGGUGUUGAUGGAUGAAGAGGUACGGCUGUUCUUCUACCACUCAACCUUUGAUAGUGAACAGGUGCCUCACAGGCUGAGAAGGCUUCGCCCACGGACACGCCGAGUUAAAAGCAUUUCACCUCAAGUGCCUGUUUUUGACCGCACGGCAACUCCACGGGCUGAGGCACUGUUUGAUUUUUCUGGAACCAAUAAACUGGAACUCAGCUUCAAGAAGGGAGACUUGAUCUAUCUACUGAGCAGAGUAAACAAAGACUGGUUGGAGGGAACAGCUGGUGGUGUCACUGGGAUUUUCCCAUGUGCUUUUGUGAAGAUCAUAAAAGAUUUACCACAGCAGGCAGACACGGUUAAUAAAGUUCGCUGUUACUACCACGAGGAGGCUGUGAGCACUAUCAGGGAUAUCUCAGUGGAAGAGGAUCUGAGCAGCAUUCCGUCAUUCAAAGAGCUCACGGAGUUGAUGAGGCAGGAGUUUGGCCAAGAUGACAUUGCUUUGAAUUACCGGGACCUUGAUGGUGAUCUGAUCCGGUUGCUCUCUGAUCAGGAUGUUGAACUCAUGGUGUCUCAGAGCAGGAGAAGGCCCUCUGAGAAGCAUUUCUUCCCUUGGAAGUUGCACAUCACUCACAAAGAUGACUUGGGUGUCUACAACACUAGUCCAGGAAUAGGUGCUACUCAAACUGGAAGAGCAACAGAAGUGCUACAUAGAGAUGUUCCAGUAGGUAGCUGUGCAGUCCCUCUGUAAUCCCUCUCUGCAGACAGUUUCCUUGAAUGCACCUUUGAAGUGAGCUUGAAAAGAGUAAUUCUUAGCAACAUCUUACCUUUCAAUGUAAAAUCUGUACUCAGAGUAGGGAGUCUGACUGGGCAUUCAGCAUUUGUUCUGGAAGCAUCAGGAAAACUUUCUCAUAUUUCAGUGAAGAAAUUGCAGCUCACAUUUGCUUUCUUUUUCCCUCUGACCAAUAUUUUGCAUUCUGUUAAUCAAACCUAGCACAUCUGUGGUGUUCCUCAUAGAUCUUUUUGUAACCAUACAGACUACUUAUUUCGACAUUCUGGGAAAAUGUGUGUGAUGCCUGUUCAAAUAGCAAUUUCUUCUCUGUCUUCUGCUUUCUGACACCUCAUUGCAACGUAGAACUAAAACCAAAUUGCUGUAUGAGAUUCUUCAACAAAUAAAGUUACAUAUGAGUUUAUUUUAUCAGUUCCUAUUCAAAAAGGGUUUUUUGGGGGGGAUGAAAUAAUUCUGCUCCUUUGGGGUUUUUUGCUUGACAGUGAGGCAAUUUUGAAGAAGAGUUUGAAUGCUAGCUACUCAGCUUUCCUUAAGGAGGAAUUCAUUAUUGAAAAUAAAUGUAUCUUGCCAUAAUUUCUUUAAUGGUUGUGCAAUUAAA